AUGAGGAGCCACAAAGAGAGCGCCGACGACCAUGCGUACUGUCGGCUGCACAAUAUCGACUUUCGUUCGUGGGAGGAGCAUUGCAAGCACCGCGUUCUCAGUCGUGGGCAUUUCACUUGUCACAUCUGUUACAAGGACUUCAAGAGUCAGCGCGGAUUGGCGAUUCAUGCGGAUCGGGUACACAAGCCCAUCGAAUAUGUGACCUACUUUGUGUGCCGACAGACCUUGAAGGGCAGCAAAAACGGGCUCACAAUGCACUCGGAGAAGAACUGCAGGGGAGGAAUGGCCCACGGAGACUCGAUGCACCAGAACGACCAUGCCAUGAGACCCGGAGCAGUCCAACAGUGGGUGAUGGAUCUCAGAGCUAUGGACGACGAUGGUUUCCCCACCCAGGACAACAUCCAUGCCUCUCAGCGCUCAGUCCAGCCACCGACGAUCACGCAGAGAGAUAUGGGCGGCGACGGCUUUCCCACGCACCACAGAAGCAACAGCUAUUCCACUCAGGCCACUGGAAAGUUCCCCACGCAGAACUACAACCAGAAUAACCACCAUGGCUCUCGGCCCGGAUGGAUUAAGACGCAGGGAGAAGUAGGCGGUGGCGGUGGCAGCGGCGGCGGCUUCCUCACGCACCACGCCCGCAACAGGGUCGACACCACCAGCACCGCCAGCAACAGAGCCGCCAACGAUCUCGGCAUCGCCCACCACGAGAUGUACAAGUACUUCAACCAGGUUCACGGAAAGUACAUUUGCCCGUGCGGCAGCAAGAUGAAUACGUACAACGGCUUGUGGCAGCACCUGGAGGGCCCCGCACAUACCCGUCGCAAGGCUGUAGGGAAUUCAACGCCCCCUCGGCGCUGA